AUGAAACAUGAUAUUGAGAGCGAGCGAAUACCGAAGCUGUCUCCGGAUCUCAUCUCAUCCGUCUCCUUCAUAGUCACGAUGAAACUACUCGGACGGCUUAAAGAGAGCAGGAAACAAAUUCGCAUCGCUAUAGCCAUCUGCUUCUUGCUCUACAUAAUUGGCUUCCUUUUCUAUACCUACCGCCUACCAGUAUUUUCUUACACCCAAGAACCCACGAAUCCAUCAUUAAAACAAACAUCAACUACCAAGCCGGACAAUGUCACAGUCAGUGGCUUAGUGUUCUACGGCCGACAGAGCCGAGUUAAGAUUAUGAAGUGCUAUAUUGAACGUAACAUGGUUGAUAACGGGGGAUGGUUAGACGAAGUGCUUUGGGUCGUCAACACUGAUAAGGGCGACGACUUGCGAUACCUUGAACAAAUCAUCGCUACCAACCCGCGAUACAAAAAGAUUCACCCUCAAGAGAUGGCAGGGACAUAUACGUAUAAGCAUAUCUGGAAACUGCUGGACCGUGGAAAAUACUACGUCAAAAUCGAUGACGAUGUUGUCUGGAUCGACGACGACGCUAUCCCCAACCUAGUCACACGCAAGAUCCAAAAUCCAAAGGACUUUGUCGUUUCGGGCAACAUCAUCAACAACCCCCCUUUAGGCUUCUUCCACAUGCGGAUGGGUGCCAUACAUCCAUACUUUCCCGAACGCUUCGAACCAUUGAGUAUCAACAUAACGAACGAGGAAGAUUAUUGGAAGCCAUCGCUACAUCCUUUCUGGGAGGGGCCGAAUAAAUUCAAGUGGGAUCUCAGCAAGGAACCCCCUCCGUGGGAAAACCACAGAUGGCUUAGAGUGCCUAACGAUCGUUCCUUAUAUCAAACACCUGCUGCUGAACUCAAGUACGAAGUUUGGGGUGAUAGCUACAAGAGCUGGGCCAUUGCUUCUCAGAUACAUAUGUCCCUGUUGGAAAACAUCGAGGAGAACCAACUGGACCUGUACAAGUUCGACAAGCCCUGGAUCAUGUUUGAUGAUCGUAUCCGCAUCAAUUUUAUGUGCAUCUAUAGCGAUGACAUCCUCGAUACAAACCCCGAGAAGUGGCCAGAGGACCAAGGCGAUGAGGAUAUGAUUGUGCUUCAGCUGCCUAGGAAGCUUCGACGUCGUAAGUAA